GUUCGUUCAAUCCGAAGUAGGCAAUCAUUCGACGACGGACACAGUUUCUUGUAGUCAGUAUAGGUAGAAUUCCAAGAGAGAAACAUGAUUGCUAUUACAUUUAUCUUUGUCCUCGCUUUAGAAGCCUAUAGCGAUUUCGUCGUUGCCGAGAAAGUAUACAAUUCACCAUGGCAUUUCAAAUGCAACAGUGGAUACUGUGUAAAAGAAGAGAUCACAGAAGAAGUAUCAUCUCCAAUGUCUUUAAAAGUUUGUCAAUUAUUAUGUGGUGAUAAUGGUUUUUUAUGGCCGAAACCAACAGGACAUUUGUCCUUGGGCAGUUCAGUGUUGCCUCUUAAUAUCAAUGAUAUUAAAAUAAAUGGUAUAAAUCCGAAUACGAAAGUAGGUAAUCUCUUGCAAGAGAAUAUUGACAUAUUCAAAGAAAAUAUAAAAAAACUUGGUGAACCCAUUGAAAACGAGGGAGUAGGGUUGAUAAUUAAUGUUACUGAUAUUCUUGAAUUGAACGACGUGCAACUGACCUUAGAUACCGACGAAAGUUACAAAUUACAAAUUUAUCAGAUCAAUGACAAAUCUACAAGUGUAAAAAUAACAGCAACGACUUAUUUUGGUGCUCGAAAUGGUUUGGAAACGUUGUCACAAUUGAUAGUAUUCGAUGAUUUGAGAGAUAAAAUACAGAUCAUUCAUGAUGCUUAUAUCGAGGAUAAACCAGUAUAUCCGUAUCGUGGCAUUUUGUUGGAUACUAGUCGUAAUUUUAUUAGCGUUGAAGCGAUCAAAAAGACCAUAGAAGCAAUGUCCAUGUCAAAGAUGAAUACUUUCCAUUGGCACAUCACCGAUACUCACAGUUUUCCAUACGAAGUUAAAAACUAUCCAUUGUUCACCAAAUACGGUUCCUAUGGCAAGGACAAAGUCUAUACGAAGGAAAACAUUAAAGAUAUCAUGAAGUUUGCUCUUUUACGUGGCGUACGUGUUUUACCAGAGUUCGAUGCACCUGCUCACGUUGGAGAAGGCUGGCAAUGGGUAGGUCAUAAUGCAACAGUAUGUUUCAAAGCAGAACCAUGGCAAAGUUACUGUGUCGAGCCACCAUGCGGUCAAUUAAAUCCAACCAGCGACAAGGUCUAUGAAAUGCUUGAAGGUAUUUACAAAGAAAUGUUGGAAGAUUUUCAUCCGGAUAUCUUUCACAUGGGUGGUGACGAGGUCAACGUUAAUUGUUGGAACUCCAGCGAUGUCAUCAAGAACUGGAUGCUAGCCAAAGGCUGGAAUCUAUCAGAAUCGAAUUUCUACUUGCUCUGGGAUUAUUUCCAAGACAGAGCACUUGAAACGUUAACUUUGGCCAACGGAGGAAAAGAGAUUCCUGUUAUUAUUUGGACUAGUGGACUUACCAAUAACGAGAAUAUCAAAUACUUAGAUCCUAAGAAGUAUAUCAUUCAAAUCUGGACCACUGGUACCGAUGACACUAUCGGUAGAUUGAUAAGCAACAACUUCAAAGUCAUUAUUUCUAAUUACGAUGCUCUCUAUCUCGAUUGCGGUUUUGGAGCAUGGGUUGGCGAAGGUAACAACUGGUGUACACCAUACAAAGGCUGGCAAUUAAUUUACGACAAUUCCCCGAUGUCCAUUCUUAGGAAACAAGGUUUUGGUACAAAUAAAAAGCAAUUUGUAUUAGGUGGAGAGGUAACACUUUGGACCGAACAGGUCGAUAGUGUUUCAGUCGAUUCAAGAUUAUGGCCAAGGUCAGCAGCUUUCGCGGAAAGACUUUGGUCCGAUCCUACUUCAACCUGGAUUCAUGCUGAACAUAGAAUAUUAAGACAAAGACAGAGAUUAGUUCAAAGAGGUAUCGGUGCUGACAGAUUGGAACCAGAAUGGUGUAUUCAGAAUCAAGGACAUUGUUAUCUAUAAAUUGAAAAUAAAAAAGAAAAUAUCUGUCUUAUCAAUAAGAUAAAUUAAUCGAUCCAAUUAGCAUAACAAUUGAUCUUUGAUUGUAACAAAUUGAACAUCUUUAUCCUACGAUUGUAAAGUUAAUAAUCGAAAAAAGAAAUAAUACUUCUUUUUACUAACUCUUUCUUAUCUUUUAAUAUAGUAGAUGAAUCCAAAAAAGUGAUAUGCAUGUAUACUGGGUAGAUCAAAAGUUCUGAAGUAAUGUUUAAAAAAUCGAACACUUUCCCAAAAUUGUUCAGACUAAUUUUUUUCUUUUUUAGAUUAUAAAAUUACAAGUCUAAAAUAAUCAAGAGAACGAACGAUUGAUCUUUAAAAAUCAUCUAAAAACUUCUGAUCCAUCCUGUAUCAUAUAAUAAUACGUUUUUUGAAAGACAGUAACUUAACGAUUGACUCGAUAUAAUUAGUACAACAAAUAUAUUUAUUUUAAAGAGUCAGAGAUGGUAUUAUACAGCGACAGUGACAUUUGUUCACCGAUUUGUCACGUGUCGAAAUGCCUCUCGAUGUUGAUUUUUUUAAGCAUGAAACAAAACAAAACAAUGGUCUUCGAAUUUAUCUUAGAAUAUUUCAAGAAUGAAUCUUGAAUUCUUAAAUACACGCAUGAGAUCAUCGCGUUAUAACUUCUUCGAGUAUUUGUAAUAUCAUUUUUCACAUUUCUUUUAAGAACACAAUCAUAUAACGAUUAUGAUUAUGAAUAUAUAUAUAUAUAUAUUUUUUUUUUUUCAUCAUUAUUAUCAAUAAUAUUUUACUAUUACUAUUAUUAUCAUCAUUAUUAUUAUUAUUAUAUUAUUUACACGGAUAUGAUAUAUUGUAGUGUACGAAGGAAACGUAGACCAAGCAUUAUCUAUAAUUUUCUUUUUUUUUUUCAUUUUCCUUCAACGAUUAAAACAUUUCCAGCUAGAAUAAAGUUUAAGUUUUUCUUUUUUUUUUCUCUUUUUUUUUCAAA